AUGUCCUACACCUCCCGCCAGAAGCAGCUCAUCAAGAAGCUGUGGGAUGAGAAAGUUUUUUGGGAGGAAAUCAAGGCUUUUUGGGAGAAGAUGAAUGCCUUUCGGGAGAAGAUCAGGGCCUUCAGGACGGCGAUCCAGGCCUUCUGGGAGGAGGAAAACCCCAUCUGGGAGGAGGAAAAUGCCUUUCGGGAGGCAGAAAAGACUUUCCGGGAAGAAGCAAAAGCCUUCUGGGAGGGGUACAGGGACUUCUGGAAGGGGUAUAAUGCUUUCUGGAAGAAGGAUAAGGCUUUCUGGAAGGAGGAUCAGUUCCUCUGGGAAAAGGACAAGGUUCUCCUGGAUGAGGACAAGGUCCUGUGGGCAGAAGAAAAGGCUCUCUGGGCAGAUGAAAAAGCCCUCCUAGAAGAAGAAAGAGCUUUCUGGGAGGAUGAGGAAGCCCUACGAGAAGAUGAAAAAGCCCUCCAAGAAGAUGAAAAAUCUAUCUGGGAGGGGGCAUUUGGCCCUCUGAGAGGAGAACAAUUACUGCUAGCUGUAGCUAUCAAUGCUCCUGGGAGUCAUGGCCCAGAUAUUCUUAGAGGAAGUGGGUAG